GUAGAGAGCUUAAUUGAUCGUUCGUCCAAUGAUUUUCCUAGUGGAAUUUUUGUAAACUCCCACCUUUCUUGACUUUUGCGAGCCUCUACAAGUCUUAAUCGUCUAUUUUGGUCGUCGUCUACCAACCUGGAUGACGUUUUCCGCCUUGGGAGUCCGAUCGCUUCCCCUCACCAUACUGGAGGCAAGUGCAACCACUGGAAAGCUAAAACCGCUGCAGGUGUACCACAACUGAUGAAUAGUCCGGAGGGAUUUACAUGUACAACUUAACACAGGUUCGAGUACUCGCUUCGUUAUUCCAGUCUCUUCUAUCUUCUCAAAAUGGCUUUCAUUGGGGAUUUUCCCAUUCAAUCGAGAAUAGCUGUAGUUACCGGAGCAGGUUCCGGUAUCAACCUUGCGUUCGCCAAACUCUGUGUCAAACGAGGGGCUCAGGUAAUCAUAGCAGACCUCAAACUCACUCCGGACGCCGAAUCAUAUCUCCGUGGCGAAGGAGCUAAAGCUGCCAUUUUCGUGAAAGGCGAUGUUACAAAACGGGCCAAACUAGAAAAUCUAAUCAAGGCCUCGGAGGAGAAGUUCGCUGACGUUCCCGAUGUUUACAUUGCUGGAGCUGGAGUCUUUGAACCAGUUUGUAUCUCUCCACACAAUGGGUUGAGAACCGGACGGCUGAUUCAAAAGCUAGACAUGGUCCAAUUUCUGAGAUGAUACGGAGGAUGAUGGAUACGCGGCAGUCGAUAUCAAUGUCACACACCCGAUCAAGUUUGCCAGAAUAGCACUACGUGCUUUGCUUAGGAAGAACAAGAAAGGUGUCUUCUUGAUUGUGUCUUCAAUAGCAGGAUUCCAGGGUUCGUUCUCAUCGCCAUUGUAUGCAGCUACAAAACAUGCAGUUACUGGGUUCGUACGGUCGAUGGCUGAGCUUGAUCGUUUGGAGGGUGUCAAAGUGGUUGCAUGUGCGCCUGGGUAUGCAAAGACCAGCCGUAUUGAUGUAGUCAGAACAAAGAUAGACUAACCUCAACAGAGUCGUUGCAACUCCAUUGUGGACCGAAGCACCCGAAAAACUGGAGCAAUAUAGUUAUAAACCAGAGUAUGCCUUGACACCCGAAAGAGUUGCUGAAGACAUGUUAGAACUUGUCGUGGAUGGUAAGUAUCCAGGCGGAACCUGCUUGGAGAGUUCGCUUGGAGGGACUCGAACCAUGGGGACAUGGAACAUACCGGAACCAGAAGGUUAUGGAACUGCAAUUCCUACCGAAUUCUUGGAGAAGAACUAUAAGCCAAUGAUCGAGAUGAUGAAGAAAGAGCGUGGUCAGUCCAAGCUUUAACUCGCGGUCGAAGCUGUAUGAGCAUUCAGGGGAGUGUUUGAUAUUGGUCUUUCAUUUAGUUUAGAGCUUCAACUUGCUUGAAAUAUGGUCUUGUAGAUGCAAGCUAGACGAAAAUUUCAUCCG